GACGAAGAUCAAGAUCGGUUGUGUACUUCUCUUCCAAUCUCUCCAAUGUCUCGGACAUUCACAAAGCAAAAUUCAUUGUUACACAAUCGAUGGACUAGAAAAUUUGGAAAAAAUUUUGAGGCAGACGUGUUUUUGACAUUUUGUUAAUCGGAGAAGCGAACUUUUCCACGCCAUCCGAAGAUCGAGGAAAUAUCGGAAACAACAGUAAGCACAUAAUGGCUCCCAUAAAGAGGCAUCGAAACGCGCGAAGCCGCCAAGGAAUGAGUCAACGUCGUCGCAAACCGAACAUCUGCAAGUUGAUCUACAAGUUUCUCGUUACUAAUCAAGCUGCUUACGAUACGAAAUGUGCCGCCAAACAUCGUUGGUGGGAUGAAGAGGGACACGACGACGAAGAAGAAGUUGUAGAAUCCGCGGAUACGUUGCAGCGUGAUAAAAAGAUGGACCGCGGGACGCGCAGGAAUCACGGCAAAGUCGCGAAAUCGCGUAACCAACGCGCCCUCAAAGAUUUACCGAUCUCGUACUUGCGAAAAUGCGUGGGCGGCGAAGGCACGACGGGAACGACGGCGAGGAAGUACGUUAAAAGAGCGUUGGACUUUGGCGUGAAGUCCGGCUUUCUCAUUCCCUCCGAUUCAUCGUCCAAAGUUUUACGCGUGUCCUCGGACUUAAUGAAAAGUGACACGCAGAACAGGAUCAGCACGUGCGACAGAGACGCUCUGUCCAAGGAUCACGGCAUUCCGACCAAGCUCGAUGAUGAUCUGCAGGUGCAGGAGCAACGCCGGAGACGUAGGAGGAGAGGCAGAUCAAGGACCCGCUCUAGAUCACGCAGCAGACGACGAGGCAGGAGGAGGAGAGGAAGGAGAGGAAGGAGGAGGAGAAGCAGAAGCGCAAAAUACAGAAGCCGAUCGAGAUCGCGCAGCGAUACCAAGAACAUCGUCAGCCCGCAGAGUCCCGAAGAGGUGGUCGAGGACGACGAGGCGAACGAUUACGAGAUGGACGAGAACGAUCCGAAGAGCGAUAUUCACAUCGACGGCGUAGAGAGAGAGUCGAAGACCGAACGAUCGGGCAAGCACGACGACGACGAGAAGGAACCCACGAAGAAAUCCGAGAGAAAUCGUUCGGAUUUGUCCGCCGACGAGGACGAAAGCGGCGGCGACGACGACGACGACGACGACGACGACGACGAAGAUAAAAAGAGAAUUGACAUUGCAAAAUCGUAGCUCUCCAAUCACCGACAUUUCAUAUCGACUGAAUCGAAAACAAAAACUGAAGCGAUCCUUAUUUUGUGUUUUGAUUUUUUUUUUUUAUGAUAAAUGUUUUCAGCGAAAUUUUUGUGCAAACGUCGCCGCGAAUAUCGUUUGAUAUUCUCUUUUAUCAUUUCUGAUGUGUAUAGUGUCGUGAUUUGAUUUUAGUCCUUCCACCAUCCAAUAUAACGAUAAUCCGUUAAUAAAAUUCACAAGCACACCA